UGAUCGAGCUCUCACUUCCGGGAUCGCAGGCGAACUUCACAGCUCGGAUCUGUUCUGAAUUUCUUCUAACAGGAGAUAAAUACAAAAUAAAUAAAAUUUCAUUUGUAAUAUAGCGCACAGGUUCACGCGAGAGUGUUAAUGACGCGCCCUAACCGGAUAUCCGGUUCACAUCAACUUCAGAGAUUAGAUUAGUAAAUGAUAAGUGUUCAUGUUUGACUUUUUUGUGAUAAAAGUUUUAUUGUCUCUGGAACAGAAUCUUAUUUAAGACGCGUUUUGUUUUUAAGAGACUCUUUCCUUCUUUUUUCAACCCUUUCAGCGCGCGGGUGUCCAUGGACUCAGCAGUGCAGCAGAAAGGCCGCGAGACGUCUCAGAAAAGAUCUCCACUGGAUCUGAUCAUGAACCAGUUCCGGAGGAAAACCUCCUUCACUGAGAAGAAGAACACGUCGGUGGGACGUCUGUUCCGGACGUCUGAGAGCAAGGACAAAAAGAGUGCCGGUAUUCCUGAGGCAAAAGAGACUGAGAGCGGUGAGGAGAAAGACGGCAUGAAAAUCGGAGCAGAGAGCAGCGACGACUCCGAGAUCUCCUCUGUGGUGGGAUGGGGUCGCGUCAAGCAAUUCGUCCAGAAGCUUGGGAAAACUCCACACAGCCAGAGUCUGAGUCUGAGCCACUGCGACCUCACAGCCACGGACGCCGUGGAGCUCGGAACCAUGCUGCCGUUCCUAAACCAGCUGGAGGUGAUGGAUCUCUCCUGGAACGAUCUGCUCGGAGGUUCUCUGAACGCUCUGAGUGUCCACAUGCAGCACGUCGGCAAGCUGAAGGUUCUGAAACUGAGCGGCUGCAGACUCACGGCUCAAGAUCUCGGCGCUCUGGGAGAGACUCUGGAUUGUGUUCCCUUGUUGGAGACGUUGGAUUUGUCCUGGAACGCUGGGAUUGGAGCAGGAAAUCUUCAUUUUCUAACCGACCAUCUCCACUCCACCGGCACUCUGAGGGAACUUCAUCUUCUCGACUGCCAGCUCUCAGAGACGGACAGUGUGGCACUGGCGGAGGCGCUUUUACUGUUGCCGUGUCUGGAGGUUUUGGAUUUGUCCAAUAACAAGCUGCAGGUGAGUGCGUUCGAGAACAUCGGUUCCUCUCUGAGCUCCACUCCACAGUUGAAGACUCUGAAGAUGAGUAGGUGUGGACUGAAUCAGGAGAGUCUCGCUAUCCUGGGAGAGAAAAUGAAGUUCCUGGUGGGACUGGAGCGUCUGGAUUUGUCAUGUAAUAAAGAGUGUGGAGGUGGUUUCGCUGCGAUGGCGUCCGGUUUGUUUUUCCUCACACACUUGAAAUGUUUGGAUCUGCAUAUGUGCUGUCUCACUAAGGAGGAUGCUCAGACACUGGUACAGGUUAUUCCUGACCUGAGUGAACUCUCUGAACUUGAUCUGUCUUGUAACAAAAGUAUUGGCACCGUGCUCGGGUCUCUUUUCCCCGUCCUUACCUGUUCCAAGAUGAAGACGCUUCACCUGAGUAGCUGCAGUCUGAGUCCUGAAGCCUGUCAGGCUUUAGCCUCCAUCAUGCCGUCCCUCUCACAGCUGCAGAGUCUCAGUGUGUCGUGGAAUAAAAGUGUUGGGGAGAACCUGCAGCAGUUUGUGGAGUGUCUUCAGCGCGAGUGUAAACUGGAGGAACUGAAGCUGAGCAGCUGCGACCUGAACACCAACGACCUACUGCACUUACAAUUGGCGUGUAAACGUGGCGCGUUGUCGAAUCUGAAGCUUUUAGAUGUUUCCUAUAACGGCCGUGUCGGAGAUGCUGGCUGGGUCUUGUUCUUCAGAGAAGCAGGAGGGCUGAAGCAGCUGCAGGAGCUGGACAUCAGCCUGCGUCCUGACGCCUGUCUGUCUGCGUCUGCGUGGGUAUCAGUCACGAUGGAGGCUCUUCCUCAGCUGCCGUUACUCCGGCGUGUGUCUAUGCAACGCUGGAUUCUCAGCUCAGAGGAGAGACUGAACCUGGAGAACAUCCUGAAGAAGAGGAAUGUCCUGCUGGAGUGGGAUGAAGUGGACGUGCAGAACGUCGCAGAUUAACCGGUUUACCCUGACGCGCCCUCACACUCGAGUCCGACGUGGACUGGUUUCCUAUCGGAUGAUUAUGGCUUACUGAUGUGAAAUCUACACUACAGUAAAUGAAUGUAUUGGUGUUAAAAUAUUAUCGUUUCUAUAGUAACAGCUGGAUCACAGGGAUUUGUAUAGUUCAUACAAUAUGUAAUCGGAGUCUAUUAAAAUAUGAUUUAACCCCAGACUAA